AUGGGAAAUCUCAGUGGCAAGCAAUCGUUCAACGGCAAUACGGUAACUAUCAAUAUGAAACAAGCGCAAGCUAUGAAUACGGCUCUUGGUCCAAUCGCCAAUGGAAAAACACCAUGUCAAGUUGCGCAAUUGGCUCUAGCUGCUCCGGAUGAGAAAUCGCAUUCGAUAAUUCUCUUUCUCAUCAAAGCGAGUACCGAGGCACAGAUAAGUGAUGUCUGUGCUAAAGCCAAAAUCCCGGUGCAAGCCAAAAAUGAAGCGAUUGCUGCUUUCAAAAAUGGGAAUUAUGAUCGUGCGGCAACAAUACUCGUAGAAGCUGCUCGUCAAAAGCUACGCGAAAGUUCGAGUGAAUUGUCUGGAGCAUCCGGUGGUAGACGAAUGAUCAAAUCAGAACAUGGCACUUAUAUGAGGUAUACUUUCACAAAAUUCAAAAAGAAUCACAUAGUUUUUGCAGAGCUUACGAUCAGGAAUGGAAAGUUGAUUUGAUGCAUGGUGAGCCAAGAGAUUGGGAGCAUUGGUAUAUUGAGGAUUGGGUAGGCAAGGUUGGAAAAACCCCGCGGAAAAAAACCCUAUCGGUCUACUUUUGCAGGUCGUCUUCAAAGCAAUUCAUUGUCCUGGACGUUUCUUGCGUGCUUGUUCUAAUGGAAAUGUUGAUCUUGUCGGAUCGCAUCCGAAUGAUUGUCGAGAAACUUUUUGGAAGCCAUUCAAGAAUUCAGAUGAGACUUGGUCAUUCCUAAGUGUUCAUGGAACUUGGUUGAGGUAUCUGAUUGUAUCACUUUUUUUUUAAUUUAAAUUUUUAAGUGGCCUUGGUAACAAUGUGGUUUGUUGCAUGUGGGAAUGCAAAUCGUCGGAGAAGUUCACACUUCCAUGGUGGUAA